CUCUAUUUGAUACAUAAUUGCAACACUAUAACCUUGGUCUUCUUUACAAACUGCAAAAAAAUGUAUUGCGCAUGCACAACCUUUCACGGCAAAGCGAACCAAGAUGGCGGCUGUUGUUGAAAAUGUUGUAAAACUGCUGGGAGAGCAGUGCUACAGAGAUGCCAUGGAGCAGUGCCAUAACUACAACGCCCGGCUAUGUGCCGAGAGGAGUGUCCGAAUGCCCUUCCUGGACUCUCAGACUGGAGUGGCGCAGAGCAACUGUUACAUUUGGAUGGAGAAGAGACACAGGGGACCAGGAGUGGCCCCAGGACAGCUGUACACCUACCCAUCCCGCAGGUGGAGGAAGAAACGACGAGCCUUCCCCCCAGAGGAUCCCCGGCUGGUCUUCCCCCCUCUAAAGUCAGAACUGGACUUGGGUUUUAAGAAGGAUGCCCUGUCAUCAUCUGAUGGCAGCAGUCUGGAAGCCCUGCUGAAGGGGGAACCCCUGGACAAACGGGGUCCUCCGGAGUUCCAUGGGCCAGAAGAGGAGUCCCGUCUGGCAGACUACACUUGUGGGGGGGUCACCCCUGCAGCACGCGUCAGAAAGAGAGUCCUGGAGCCAGAUGACUUCCUGGAUGACUUGGAGGAUGAGGACUAUGAGGAGGACACCCCCAAAAGAAGAGGCAAAGGAAAGGGAAAGGGUCGUGGUGUGAGCAGUGCCAAGAAGAAGCUGGAGGCUGCGGCGGCUGCACUGGAGGACAAGGACAAGCCUUACUCCUGUGACAACACUUUCAGACAAAAGCAUAUUUCACAACCUUCUGGACGAGUCUGUGGGAAGCGUUACAAGAACCGUCCGGGUCUGAGCUACCACUACGCCCACUCCCACCUGGCUGAGGAGGAGGGAGGGGACAAGGAGGAGCCUGAGGUCCACACCCCCACCCCGCCCCAGCCUGAGGAGCCCAAGACACCCAAGAAAGGUCCAGACGGUUUGGCGAUACCCAAUAACUACUGUGACUUCUGCCUCGGGGACUCAGCCCUCAACCAGAAGACGGGCCAGUCAGAGGGGCUGCAGUCCUGCUCAGACUGUGGACGUUCAGGCCACCCGUCCUGCCUGCAGUUCACCCCUGUGAUGAUGGCUGCAGUGAAGACCUACCGCUGGCAGUGCAUCGAGUGCAAGUGCUGCAACAUCUGUGGCACCUCAGAGAACGACGACCAGCUUCUCUUCUGUGAUGACUGCGAUAGAGGCUAUCACAUGUACUGUCUCAGCCCCCCUAUGGCUGAACCUCCAGAAGGGAGCUGGAGCUGCCAUCUGUGUCUGGACCUGUUGAAAGACAAGGCGUCCAUAUACCGGACACCUAAUGCCCCUCCGUUGUGAUGGACCCCCAUCCUCUCACAGGUUCUCCAUCACUGGUCAGCAGAGAGGAGUGGGUGGGACAGAUGUCUUGUGAAAAGGGAAGCAUACCUCACCAACCCCCCUUCUAAAACAGGCCUUUCGGGGAAGCAUACCUUACCAGCCCCUUGCUGAAAAAGGCCUCGGGUUGGAAGGGAAACGCCUUACCAAGCCCGUGCUGAAACAGGCGGGCCGAAACAGGCAAACCGAGACGGUUUGGAAGGGAAACACCUUACCAAGCCCGUGCUGAAACAGGUCUCGGUUUGGAAGGGAAACACCUUACAAAGCCCGUGCUGAAACAGGUCUCGGUUUGGAAGGGAAACACCUUACAAAGCCCGUGCUGAAACAGGUCUCGGUUUGGAAGGGAAACGCCUUACCAAGCCCGUGCUGAAACAGGUCUCGGUUUGGAAGGGAAACACCUUACCAAGCCUGUGCUGAAACAGGUCUCGGUUUGGAAGGGAAACACCUUACAAAGCCCGUGCUGAAACAGGUCUCGGUUUGGAAGGGAAACACCUUACAAAGCCCGUGCUGAAACAGGUCUCGGUUUGGAAGGGAAACACCUUACAAAUAUCAGUUUUGCAUGUAGAGGAGAUAAAUAGUUUGAUUCAAUUAGCAUGCCAAUGCUUGUUCAUAAUAAAAACAUGUUGAAAGGUUUUGUAAAUGUAUAUGUUUGUAUAGAAUAUAAAGGUGGGAAUUAUUUAAAAGCUGCUCUCUGUUCAGCCAUUACAUUCCACUCCUUGACAUUCAUGUCAUUUGCCAAAGACUGGAUUGACAAGGAGUGGAAUGCUAGCUAAAAAGACUGGAUUGACAAGGAGUGGAAUGCUAGCUAAAAAGACUGGAUUGACAAGGAGUGGAAUGCUA